UCCUUAGCCCGGAAACACGGUCACAAAGGGUCAUUGACAUCGCGCUUCCAACAUGGCGGUGAACCUAACAGACCUCUCCCUGCCUCAGCUAGAGGGACUGAAAACCCAGUUAGAUCAGGAGAUUGAGUUCCUGACGUCUUCAAUAGGUCAGCUCAAGGUUGCCCAGACCAAGUAUGUGGAAGCGAAAGAUAGUUUGAAUGUCCUGAACAAAAACAAUAAAGGAAAAGAACUGCUCGUGCCGCUUACCAGCUCUAUGUACGUCCCUGGAACAUUAAAUGACGUAGAACAUGUUUUGGUGGAUGUGGGGACAGGAUAUUAUGUGGAAAAGAAUGUCGAAGACUCAAAGGCAUUCUUCAAACGCAAAAUAGACUUCCUCACAAAACAGAUAGAGAAAAUUCAGCCACCCCUUCAGGAAAAACAUGCUAUGAAACAAGCUGUGAUUGAGGUAAUGAAUGCGAAGAUCCAGCAGUUACAACAGAGCCAACAGGCAUCACAGAUGGUUGGGACCACCAAGGCUUAAUGAGAAUACCUGCUUGAACUCUUCAUGAUUGGUGGAAGGUUUUAAUUUGUGCACAAAAGCUUCCUUCUGCUGUUGUCAGCCAAAAAAUGCCCCCCAUUAACCUGAUGAAGUUAAUUUUCAUUUAUUUAAUUGAAUUGGGUAUCCUGUUAGUUUACAUGAUUAAAAAGGUUGCUAUGCAUUGAA